AUGGCCAUUGUGUGCGUUAAUCAGAUGCUUUCUGAUAUAGAUGUUGACGCUUCUGCACUUUAUUCUCGAACUAUUUCUGUAGAUGGGCUGCCAGACACCAUGAAAGACGGCGUCCUCUUUACCUGGGCCAAAUAUUUAUUCAAUAAAGAAGAUCAAAGCGCAAUCAACCACGCGCUACCAUUCUUGCUUUCGCUAAAAACUGCAACCAUGGAUGAGAACAGAUACCUGAUUAGGCUACGGUACCGUUUCUCCAGAGGGGUACCUUUGGAGGCAGUUGUAGCACAUCAUAUCAAAUUAGGAACCUAUGUGAGUGAGGACAUCAUCGUGUAUCUGGCUCGCGUGGUCUUAGCUGAUAUGAGCAUCGGGAUGGAGUACAAUCUUCUCUACGGAUUAAGCCAAAAAGCUGUUCUAGUAGAUCAGAACUUUGAUAAAUUCAUAUACACCGUCUACGCCCCUGUCAGCAUCGUUAGUGAAGGUGCUUCAAGUACCAAAGAUCAUAAUUCAAUUGUCAAUCCAAUCACCAAAAAGCAAUUAAUAGAAUAUAGUGUAUCAAAUUUAGGGGCCUUGUUAUUCGAACUUUGCACUCUAUCGUCGAAAGGCACAGCUGAGCAUACCUUAGACCCGACGAUUCUUCUGGAGUGUACCGAUAGAUUGUGUGGCUGUGGAUACUCCAGAGUCCUGGCGACAUUUAUUAUUAGCUGUCUUACCUUUCCGCAUUCUAUUGAUUUGGCCGGGACAACCUCGGGGUUUUCUUUCAGUUCUUUUGGAGAUGCCAUAUCAGCAAUAGAUGCCGUCACGAAGACAGCUGCCCGUGGCACAGCUUGCAGUACAGAUGAGUCUUUUCCUGAUACAGCACACAGAACGAUACCUACAACUUUAUGUUCAGAACCUGGUGCUGCACAAUCUGACAAUAGUGAGCAGAGCCGUGAACAGGAGCGAAGUGUGAUUCAGAGCCUGAUAGCCUCCCAGAGCAUUAAGUGCCUUGCAGAACACGUUACAACAGAAUCUGGGGCCUCAAUACUGUCAUCUAUCUUAGAAGAUAAGUUAAUUUUAGCCAAAAAACAAUAUACACCAGAGUUGGCGACUAUCGUUCAAGCAUGUGUCACAGAUAGAGACCUCUGUAUCCGCGUCAACGCGAGGAAUCCUGAUCUGUCACCAAUCAGAACGUACUUAAUUUCUGCAGCACAGAAAGGUGACGUUAAAGCACUCUUGAAAAACUAUAAUGAAAUAGGGUUUAUCUAUGGAAAAUACACGGCCCUGAUGGAGGCUGCUCGAAGAAACAAUCUCCACGUGAUCCCCUUCCUACUAGGUGAGCUGGGAUGCGUUAACACUACUGGCCAAACUGCGCUGAUGCUGGCAGCACACUUUAACAACGUUGAAGCUGUAAAGCUCCUUCUCAUGGAAGCAGGCAUUGCUGACAAUUGGGGGACAACUGCUCUAAUGAUGGCAUGCAUGAGGGGCCACGACACGAUAGUGGAACUCUUGCUACCAGAGAGUCGAAGGCAGGACGAAUGGGGCAACACAGCCAUGAUAUACGCAGCCCAGAACGGGCACCUGGAUUGCGUCAAGCUGCUACUUUCAAGAGAAAUCAAGAUGGUUACCAAAAUUUCAAGCACUGCACUUUCGCAAGCCAUGAUGUGUGGUCACAAGGAUUGUGCAUGUGUACUGCAGGCAGAAGAGCAGAUGUCCAAUAUUACUCCCUUAAUGCGCUCUGUCUUCUUCAACGAGUGUGAAGGGGCGUUAGCUCAAAGUAUCAAAGAGUGUGCAGACACUGUUUCCUAUGCAAACAAGGCGGGCUUUACAGCGAUAAUGUUUGCCGCUGCAGGCCACAACUGGGAUGCUGUGAAUCUCCUCUUGCCAUAUGAGGCACAGCACUCACCAGACUUGGCUGGUCUUUACACUAAGAACGUAGAUGAAGCAGCCUGUAGUUUCUUUUCAGAGGCUGUGCAAGGGAGAUACAUCCAUCUGGUCUUUGUCUUUGCAACUUAUUUGCACUACCUUCUUGAGCACGGAAAGAUAGAUGCGUUCAAGCAGAAGUGCGACUCUGGCAUCUUGCAUGCAUGGUCGGGCAUACCAGUUCUGCACCGCACAGGCCUAAUGGAAUGUGCAAAGCGUGGGGAUGUAAUAGGGGUACGGGCAUCUCGAGAAGACUAUUGUAAGGUUUUUGACGGCUACACGGCCCUGAUGUUAGGAAUCAUCAAUCGUAUGGCAAUUUGCUCUCGUCUGUUACUUGUGGAAAUGGGGAUCCAGGGAGCUGAGGGAAUGACGGCACUUAUGCAUGCAGUAGACAGCGGGCAAGUAGAUCUUGUUUCUCUCUUACUCGCAGAAGCACCAAUCAAGAAUGCAGCUGGGGACACAGCCCUUGAUAUAGCCAGGCGGCGAGCAAAGAGUCACCCUCCAGACUCACCCUAUAAUCAAUGCGUCUCCAUGCUGCUCAGUUUUCAGUGGUAG